AUUUACAGAGGUAGUCCAAUGAAUUUAAUGCAGAGACCAAAAAAAGAAACAAAGAUACUUUCAAUAUAUAAAGACAUAUUUUGAUUUAAAACCAUGUCAUUGCACUUUGAAGAUUCAAAAAAAGCUAAAAACCAAAAUUUAGAAGAGUCACACACUCUCCUCUUAGAACUUUGGCACAUUCUACCUAUAAUUUCUUUUCAAGACAAAAACCUUCACUCUAAAAAACCUCUUUUCUAGUCCCUAUUUGCACCUCCAACACCUACUUUCAAACCUCCACAAAUUCCACAACAAAGAUUCUACUCUUUUGAGUUCAUAACUCAUUCAUGGCCUACAAUGCUGAAUCAUAUCCCUAUAGUUCAAGAAGAAGAGAUGAAUCAGAUUUUAAUUUGAGAGAAUGGUCAGUGAAAGCAAGAAUCACUAGAGAGAGUAACAACAAUUCUAGAAGGUAUUCAGGUUCUUAUAUGAGAAGCUUUAGAGAAGAUACAAGGUCUCAAAGAUCAAAUAUAACCAUUUCUAGUACUGCUUCUUCUCCUGGAUACCCUUUUAAAGAUGAAAUUGACCCUUCAACAUAUUCUUUCACCACUGCCCUUAAAGCAUUACAAGCAAGGGUAAGCUAUAACAGUUGGGAGUGUUUAUCUCCAGAAGGGUUUGCAUUAAAUUCAAAAUGGAAUGAAGCAGAAAAAUAUAUAUGCAAUCCACUUUCAGGGGAGGUGCCAAUGGAAUGUUUAUCAGCAAAAACUCUUAGUGGAAGAUCAUUCAGAAACUCAACAAACAGAAUCACAAUGUCUGCUCCUCUUGUUUAUUCUGCAAGACAUAUUCAAAUGAAGCCAUCAAUUUACACACAUGAAGAUGUUUCUCUUAAAUUUCCAAUUCCAGAAAAGAAGAAAGAGGGAAUGACAAGAGAUGUGGGGACUCAAAGCACACCUCCUUAUCUUAGUUCAAGCAGUCCUAGCCCUACUUCAACUCCAUCCAUCAUAGAGAGGUUAAAAACUAGAGCUGUAGACUCACCUAGUUCAAAUUCAAAUGCAAAAACAAAAUCUGAGGAAGAGGUUGAGGUAAAAGAUAACUGUGAAACAUGGGAGACAAAAAGAGAAAAGAGUGAGUGGAGAAAGAAAGAAGAGAAGCAACUUUGCAAGCAAAUAGGGUGCUUUUCAUGGAUGAUGAAAAAGAAAAGACAUAGAGAAAGAAAUAAAGAUGAUAAAGAAAGAAGACCAUCUUUUUCACUUAUCACUUCAAAGGGUUGCUAAAGAAAAUGUAAUAAUUAAAGGAGGAGUAGGUUUGAAUGAAUGAUGGUUUUUGAGAUUCUCUAACUUCACUUUCAUUUGAGCUAUUUUUUGAAAUGCUUUGUUUCUCAUUAGCAAAUGUUUAGAUAAGUUUAAUUCUAGAGAUUCAUCAAGAUCAAGAAAGGCUUCGAAGCUCAAAAAAUACUGAUCGAGAUAUUUUUACUUAUCCAUCAACGGAGUAUUUACGUCGACAGUGAAAAUUAAAUCCACAUCUUCAUGGAUAUUAGUCAACUCAUUAUCAACUGAUCAACCAACUUUCGUUUGUAUUUUUUAAAAUGCUUUACUUGAAAUAGAAAAGUCAAGAGGAAUUGGAAUUAUGAUCAAUAGAAGCACUAUGAUAUAUAUGUGUCAUUUUCUUUCUCUAUAUCUA